AUGGCCACCAAUAAAGUCGUUAUUUGUGGGGCUGGUUUCCUUGGCUCAUAUAUCGCCCAUCAAUUUGCCCGCAAUCCCCAGUAUAUUAUCCAUCUAGCAUCGCGUGCCCCAUACCCACUUCAUGACAGGAUCAUCCGUCAAGGUAGAUCAGAGCAGCCUUCUCCCGAACCGCCACACAUUUCUCGCUUCGGACAACCCUUUCAACUUGAUGUCACGAAACCAGUUACCCUGAAGCCUGCAUUUGAGUCAGCGGACACUGUGGUCUCCCUGGUCGGCGUGUUGCAUGGGACACAGCGCCAGUUCGAAGAAAUCCAAUGGAAGGGCGCACAAAAUGUCGCUACGGCUGCUAAGGAAGCUGGAGCUCGUUUGAUUCAUGUGAGUGCGAUUGGAGCGGACCCCAACAGCUCGAUUCCCUAUUUUCGAACAAAGGGGCUUGCUGAGGAAUUCGUGCGUCAGGAGGUGCCGGAUGCUGUCAUAAUACGACCAUCCCUCAUUUUCGGCCCAGGAGAUGGAUUCUUUGCUAGAUUUGCUGCACUAUCACGCUUUCUUCCGUUCUUACCAGUGUUUGGAGGGGGAUCGACACGAUUUCAGCCAGUGUAUGCUGGUGACAUUGCCCGCUUUAUGGACCUUUCCACUAGACCUGGGAGUAAUAUUUCGCACCACACAGCUGGAAAGGUCAUCGAGGCAGGAGGCCCUGAGGUAUUCACAUAUAGAGAAAUGAUGGAACUGGUACUUAAAUACACGGGCCGCAAGCGUCCAAUUCUUUCGCUACCUUUCGUUGUUGGCAAGGCCCAAGGGUUCGUGCUUGAGAAACUACCCACGAACCUGCUGACAGUAACGCGAGAUCAAGUCGAACAACUGAAAAAUGACAACGUUGCGAAAGAUAAUAGUUUCCUUGAUCUCCUAGUCCAGGGAGAUGGCUCUGGGCCAACCAGCAUUCAUCAAAUCUUGCCAACAUACCUGUAA